AUGGAGAAACAUCCUCGGGUGAGGCUACAUCUGAAUGUUAAAUUCUGUUUCAUUUUAGUGAAUGGAAUUGGGGUCCCCACCCUAGUCCACAGCACAGCUGCACUCUCUGCAGCGUCUACACUGCAGACCUUUCUUCCCUCCAGAUAAGACCUCAAGGCCCGUGAGGCCUGGCAGCCGGGCGCCCACAGGAAGUACGGGGUCGGUGCGCCGCCUCCGCUGUGGGAGCCUCUGGGUCCGGCAUUGCAGCUUCCGGCAGAGGCAUGGCAUCGGCCUCUGCCAGCAAGAAGAUGCGGGAGGAGGCCACCUGCUCCAUCUGCCUGAACCUGAUGGCCGAGCCCGUGAGCAUCAACUGCGGCCACAGCUACUGCCAGGCCUGCCUCCUGUGCUUCAUGGGCCUGAACUCCUCUCAGCGGAGCCAGAGGGACACCAAGACCUUCUCCUGCCCCCAGUGCCGGGCUCCCUUCCGGAAAGGCAGCCUGAGGCCCAUCAAGCAGCUGGGUAGCCUCAUCGCCGCCCUCCGGGAGCAGGAGCAGGAGCAGGAGCUGUCCUGCCAGGAGUAUGGGGAGCGGCUGCAUCUCUUCUGCGAGGACGAGGGCCAGCUCAUCUGCUGGCGCUGUGAGCGCGAUGGGCGGCACAAGGGCCACAACACGGCGCUCGUGGAGGACGCGGGCCCUGGCUACAGGGAAAAGCUCCAGGAAGCAGUGAGGAAACUGAGGCAGCUGGAAGAGGAAUGCACGAACCAGAAAGCUUUCACGGCGAAGCAGAUCACCCAGUGGAAGGAGAAGAUAGAGGCUCAGAGACAGAAAAUCCAGGUGGACUUCCAGAACCUGCACAGCUUCCUGAGGGAGGAGGAGAGGUCGUACCUGUGGAGACUGGAGAGCGAGGAACAGCGCACUCUGCAGAGACUGAGGGGCAGUGAGGCCGACCUGGGGCAGCAGAGCCUCGAGCUCGAGAGCCACAUCCUGGAGCUGGAGGAGCGAUGCCAGGGCUCCUUCCAGAAGCUGCUGCAGCCUGGCAGUUGUGACACUGACAUGGAACAGUUUGCAGAGACCCUGAGUGGCCGGGUCACCACGGACGAGGCUUUGGAAGAACUUGUGGGCCUCAUCUAUCAACAGGCCAUGUCCGUGCCAAGGUUCCGCAGCGGGGGAGCUCGCCUGUGUGGUUACCUGUCCCGUCACCUGACCAUUCGCUCACAGAGGGGCAGCUUCCGCCAAGUGCUCCUUCAAAGAUGUCAGGCUGAUUAUGAGCCUAGAGAUCAAGCUGCCAAGGGGGAUGAAGCAGCUCGGAAACGAUUCCAUGGAAAAGGAAGUGUUCUCGGCGCGCAAAAACCAAAUCUUUGUUUUCCUCCCUCCCUUGCAGUGGGCGUGACUCUGGAUCCAGAAACAGCGCAUCCGGAACUAAUUGUGUCCCAGGAUCAGAGACAAGUGACGCGGGGCCCCCAGCGCGAGGCGGACACCUCUCCCUGGAGGUUCAUGGCCUCGCCCUGCAUCCUGGGCCGGCAGAGCUUCGCGUCCGGGCGGCGGUACUUCGAGGUGGACGUGGGCGAGGGCACGGGCUGGGACGUGGGCGUCUGCCUGGAGAGCGUGCAGCGGCUCGGGGGGACCACGCAGAGGCCCGAGACCGGCUUCUGGGCCCUGCGGCUGGGCGCCAAGGACGGCUACGUGGCGCUGACCUGGCCGCGCACGCCGCUGCGCCUGCAGGAGCGGCCCCUGGUCGUGGGGGUUCUCCUGGACUGCGAGGUGGGGCUUGUGUCCUUCUACAGCGGGACCUCGGGCUCGCACAUGUUCACCUUCCCCAGGGCCGCCUUCCCGGACGCCCUGCGGCCCUAUCUCCAGGUUUACCCGUAUUCCCCCCUGUUCCUGCCCAGCCCGGACGAGUGAGGAGAGCAGGAGAGAGAAUGAGUGAAGGCCUAGGGCGGGGUUCGGGCCUGUGUUCUCCAUGCGGUUUCCCUGCCCAGACAAUGCUGGGCUGUGAGUGGGUCCUGGAUACAUCUGCGGGGGGUAGGGGGCGGGGGAUGGACAGAGAGAGAGAAAGCUGGGCUGGGUGGCUCAGU